CAAAGAAAUUCUCCACUUGAUAUAUAUCAGCAAUAUCCGUGAGCUUUUAACGACCAAAAAUCAGAAGCAACUCUCAUAAAAUAUGGCCACAGUGGGAAGAAACAUAGCAGCACCUUUGCUGUUUCUUAACUUGCUCAUGUAUUUCAUAGUUCUCGGCUUCGCUAGUUGGUGCCUCAACAGGUUCAUCAAUGGCCAAACUUACCACCCUAGUUUUGGAGGAAAUGGUGCAACCAUGUUUUUUUUAAUCUUUUCCAUACUAGCAGCAGUUCUGGGCAUAGUGUCAAAAAUUUUGGGUGGAAAUCACAUGAGGACAUGGAGGAGUGAUAGUUUAUCAUCAGCAGGAGCCACAUCAAUAGUUGCUUGGGCCGUCACUGCUCUAGCCUUUGGGUUGGCUUGCAAGCAGAUAAACAUAGGAGGGCACAGAGGGUGGAGACUGAAGAUAGUGGAAGCGUUCAUAAUCAUACUCACAUUCACAGAGUUGUUGUACCUGUUGCUGAUACAUGCAGGGUUAUAUAGUAGCAGAUAUGGUCCAGGGUACCGUGACAAUGACUAUGGUCAUGGUCAUGGUCAUGCUGUGGGAGGGACUACAGGAGAUCCAAUGCACAAGCCUGCGGGGGUUCCUGCUACUGGAACUCGUGUCUAAAUUUCUACUCUUUAAUCAUGUUCUACUGCUUUACCUUUUAGGACUAUGUCUUGUUUUUUUCCCUUUUUUAUUUUUUUUACUAGAAGUAAUGGCUUUGCAUAUGAAAAGCCACUUUGUAGCAUGACAUUGUGGAUAUGUAUGAAUGAAUGGUUGCAAUUGGUUUUGUAUUUG